UUUUUACCCAUUUCUGCUCUCUCUUCCUUCCCUCCCCCCUCAACCCAACCCGUCAUCUGCAUCAAUCUCUGUGCUCCCUGUGCAUCAUCAAAGGCACAUAUAUAUUUUUAUAUAUGUAUAUAUACAUACGUAAUAUAAUACUUCUCUCUCUCUCUCUCUCUGUGAUUUUGAGAUUGGAUUGGUCUCUUGUGGGUUCUUCAUGACAGCAGGAAGGAAGAAGGAGAAGGAAAAGAAGAAGAGAGGAGAAGGGUGUGGGUGGGAUUCGAUUUGCUAAUCCGAUCUCAAUUAGCGGAUCCAUGUCUUCUCUGCUCGUCUUCUCCAUCACCACCGUCUUCGCCCCCAUCGCCAAUCUCUGAGAAGACAAGAGCUUCAGAUUCCCCCCUCUCUCUCUCUUCCUCUCUCUGCUGCUGUUGGUUGGUUGUUUUGAUUUCUUGAUUCGAUCAGCUGAGAGAACGACCGGCCGGCCGACCCAACAGAGAGCUUUGUGGAUUCAUUUGCUCUUCCAUGGCUUCACCGGGCAAUUCGAAUCAUCAGCAGACACUCUUCAGACCCUCUCCAAACCCUAGCUUGGCCCCCUCUCCGCCCGCUGUCACCUCCACCUCCUCCUCCUCCCCCCCUGCCUCUUCCCCUUCCCUUUACCCCACCCCUUCCUCCUCUUAUCCUCCCCCCACUGGGCCCUACCCUUUCCACCACGCCCAGUAUCUCCCUUACCCCCCGUCGCAGCCUCAUCCCCACCACCUUCACCAGCAGGACCACCAGUUCUUUCCUAAUCUCCACCAGGCUAACCCCUACCCUCCUGCCCCCAACCCUAAUUCCGGCGGCGGCGCCCGCCUCAUGGCCCUUUUGGGUACCCAAAACCCUACUCCCUCCCACGAUUUGCCCCCCCACCACUUCAGUCCGUCCCCCUCGGCCCCGCCUGAUUUCUUGAUCAGCGCCCGGCCUCCUGGGACUUUCACGGCUGCACCCCCUUCACCCCCGGUUAAUAUGGCAGCUGCAGGGCAGCCUGCCCCCAUGAGGCUUCUGAGCAGCAAGCUCCCCAAGGGGAGGCAUUUGAUUGGCGACCGUGUGGUAUAUGAUAUAGAUGUUAGGCUCCAAGGGGAGGGGCAGCCUCAGCUCGAGGUCACUCCGAUCACCAAGUACGGGUCGGAUCCUGGCCUUGUCUUGGGGCGGCAGAUCGCCGUCAAUCGGAGCUACAUUUGCUAUGGGUUGAAAAUGGGAAAUAUAAGGGUGCUCAAUAUUAACACUGCAUUGCGGUCUUUACUCCGGGGCCAUACCCAGAGAGUGACAGAUAUGGCUUUCUUUGCUGAGGAUGUUCACCUUUUAGCUAGUGCGAGCAUUGAUGGUCGAGUUUUUAUAUGGAAGAUUAAUGAAGGUCCGGACGAAGAAGAAAAGGCUCAAAUCACUGGAAAGGUGGUUCUUGCAAUUCAAAUUGUUGGAGAGAUUGAAUCUGUUCAUCCACAACUGUGUUGGCAUCCUCAUAAGCAAGAAAUUUUGAUGGUUGCUAUUGGAAAUCGCAUCCUGAAAAUUGAUAGCACAAAAAUUGGAAAAGGUGGAGUAUUUUCAACAGAGGAGCCUGUUAGGUGUCCCUUAGAAAAGCCAGUUGACGGGGUUCAGAUUGUUGGAGAACAUGAAGGUGCUGUCACUGGGCUGUCUAUGUGCCAAUGGAUGACUACUCGUUUGGCCUCAGCUUCUUUGGAUGGGACGGUGAAGAUUUGGGAGGACCGUAGACCUUUACCACUCGCAGUUCUAAGGCCACAUGAUGGUCAUCCCGUUAACUCUGUCACAUUUCUGACUGCUCCUCACCGACCUGAUCACAUUGUUCUCAUCACGGGGGGACCAGUCAAUCGGGAGCUAAAGAUAUGGACCUCAACGAGUGAGGAGGGCUGGCUGUUGCCCAGUGAAUCUGAAUCAUGGCAGUGCACUCAGACCCUUGAGCUAAAGAGCUCCUCUGCUGAAGCCAUGGUUGAAGAUGCAUUUUUCAAUCAGGUCGUGGCUUUGCCUCGUGCUGGCCUAUUCUUGCUUGCGAAUGCGAAGAAGAACGCUAUAUAUGCUGUCCACAUAGAUUACGGGGUUAAUCCUGCAUCCACCCGAAUGGAUUACAUUGCUGAGUUCACAGUAACUAUGCCCAUCUUGAGCGUAACGGGAACCAGCGAAAGUUUGGCUGAUGGAGAGCAUAUUGUACAGGUUUAUUGCGUUCAGACUCAGGCUAUCCAGCAAUAUGCUUUAGCCUUAUCUCAGUGCCUUCCACCACCAUUGGAAAAUGCAGAAUUAGAGAAGACAGAAUCUAAUGUUUCAGCAGCUCUUGAUGCUUCUAAUAACACUGAUAGUUGUAUGCUAUCAAGCAGUUCAGGCACUGCCCCUGUAGUGGCUCAGCCAGUGACUUUGUCUCAGCCUGUGGUAACUAGCGUCCCUGAGACCACUGUUUCACCCGGGGAAAAGAUGAGCAUUCUGCCCUCGCCAAGAAGUUUUGAAAAUAUCCACCCGGCCUCUCCUCUUUCUCUGAGUCCUAGGCUUUCUCGCAUGUCUUCUGGUUUUAGAAGCCCAUCCAGCAAUUUUGAGCCGGUCCCACCAAUAACAGAUCAUAGUGGUGACCCGCUGGUUGUUGAUUAUGUAGUGGAUAGGAGAAUGGACAUUGUCAAGGAGAAUGUUUCUCAAGGUGAUGCGUCCAAAAAGAAUGAUAAACAUGUAACAUUAACUGAAUUGCCUGCUGUUUCAAGCCCUGCAGUUUUCAAGCAUCCCACUCACUUGGUGACUCCAUCCGAGAUUUUAUCGCGGACUCCAUCAGAGACUCAGAUCACUCAAGGAGCAAAUUUGGGAGAGGUAAAAGUACAAGAUGUGGUAGUUACCAACAGCUCAGAAAGCGCUGAGGUAGAGGUUAAAGUUGUGGGAGAGAGUGGAACUAGUCAAAACAAGGAAUACGACUAUGAGAGAGAGUCACAUGUUCCUGCUGAUAGAAAGGAGAAGUCUUUCUAUUCUCAGGCCUCCAAUCUCAGCAUCCAGAUGGCCAGAGACUCUUCUGAUGACAAUUAUGGUGUGGAGGGAACUCGUAAUACAGCUAACGAUAUUGGUGUUAGUGAGGCUCCUGAUCAGAGCCCUAUUACUGUUGAAACGGUCCAGGAUUUGACUAACCAUGUACCAGGAAAGGCUGCUGAAUCGGAUUCUAUGGCAAUACCAACGGGCCAAACCACCAACCCAAAAGGGAGGAAACAGAAGGGAAAAAGUUCUCAAGUGGGUGGUCCAUCUUCACCUGCACCCAGCCCUUUUAACUCCACAGAUUCUUCAAAUGGCCCUGAUAGUAGUUCGGGUGCCCCGUCCACGGAUAGUGCAGUUUCUCAUCUGUUGGCUAUGCAGGAGAUGCUUGACCAGGUGGUGGGUAUGCAAAAGGAAAUGCAGAAGCAGAUGGCUGCAAUAGUAUCCGUCCCAGUCAACAAGGAAGGCAAAAGGCUGGAGGUAUCAUUAGGACGAAAUAUGGAGAAAGUAAUCAAGGCGAAUACUGAUGCCCUGUGGGCUCGGCUUCAAGAAGAAAAUGCUAAACAUGAGAAAUUAGAGCGAGAUCAUACCCAGCAAAUAACAAAUCUAAUCACCAAUUGCAUAAACAAGGACUUUCCAGCAAUUAUGGAGAAAAUUAUCAAGAAGGAAAUAGCUGCAGUUGGACAAGCCGUGGUUCGCGCAAUUACUCCAGUUCUAGAAAAAUGCGUAUCUUCAGCUAUCACGGAAUCAUUUCAGAAAGGAGUUGGAGAUAAAGCAGUUAUUCAGCUGGAAAAAGCGGUUAAUUCAAAACUAGAAGGUACAGUGGCGAGGCAAAUUCAAGCACAGUUUCAGACUUCUGGGAAGCAAGCGCUUCAGGAUGCAUUGAGGUCCAGUGUUGAAGCUUCAAUUGUACCUGCAUUUGAGAUGCAAUGUAAAUCUAUGUUUGAGCAAAUCGAUGGAACACUUCAGAACGGGCUCGUCAAACAUUUGACUGCUGCUCAACAGCAGUACGACUCUACGCACUCUCCCUUGGCAAUGGCCUUGAGGGAUGCAAUCGGUUCAGCUUCAUCGAUAACUCGAACAUUGAGUGGAGAAUUAGCCGAAGGGCAGCGUAAGCUUAUGGCAAUAGCCGCUGCAGGUGCAGGUUCCAGCAUGGCGAAUCCGCUGGUAUCUCCGCUCAGUAAUGGCCCAUUAGCUGGUCUCCGUGAAAUGCAACCUGAGGCACCGAUUGAUCCAACUAAAGAGCUGUCAAGAUUGAUCGCGGAGCACAAGUACGAGGAAGCAUUUGCUGCGGCCCUUCAUAGAAGCGAUGUUGCUAUAGUAUCUUGGCUCUGUUUCCAGGUCGAUUUACAGGGGGUACUAUCUUUGGUGCCCAUGCCUCUGAGCCAGGGAGUGCUGCUGGCCCUCCUCCAGCAACUCGCCUGUGACAUCAACAAUGAUACGGCGAAGAAGCUCGCUUGGAUGACUGAUGUGGCCGUGGCUAUCAAUCCAGCCGACCCAAUGAUAGCAGUCCACGUGAGACCCAUCUUUGAUCAGGUUUACCAGAUACUAGGCCACCACAGAAACCUGUCCACGACCUCCGCUUCUGAAGCCAACAGCAUUCGCCUCCUCAUGCAUGUAAUCAAUUCCGUGUUAAUGAGCUGUAAAUGAUUUCUUCUUUAUUCGAGACAAGUUUGUCCAUGAUUAUUUUUCAUUUUUCCUAGUGUCAAGUUUUGGCUUGUAUAGAUUAGAAACUCGAUAAGGGCGGGGGAAGAGAGAUUUCAAGCUUUCGACAUGUAGUUUGAUGAAAUCUGUGAAUUACUGUUGUUAUAGGAUUUUUGGACUCAAAAGCACUAUUUGCUUCUCUUUUUUUUUUUUUGUCCUGGACCUUGGACUUUCGUUCUUUAUCGAACAUCCUUGCAAUGUACCAUAAUUUUUGAGUAUAUAUAUCCGCCUAAUAGUGGAGGAUUUUCUGCA